AUGAGCAAUUCAAAAGAAAGACUUAUUAAGUGCAAUAUUCAUCCUUAAUUUCAGCUGCAUUUCAGGAAAGGCGAGGUCAUCAGGCUUGACGGAUACUCUACUUAUUCCAAUCGCAUUAAUAGAACAUCCUCCAUUUUGUCUAUAGUUGUAUUUGCUCCUUUUAGAAUUGCAAGGAAUAACAUCAUUUAUAUCACUCUGUCUAUUAUUUCUUUGAUUAUACUUGCUUCUAUAUGGUCAAUGUAAUUAUCUUAAUAUUGUAGAGAUUCACCACAAUAUGAAUUUUAUUUCAUCUUCUCCUUUUAAAUAUUAGCCCAUAUAAGUGUUGAGUUGUACAAUAAAUUCAAAAUUAAUGGGCUAGACAAUAAACUUAACAAUCAAGAAAAUAAAAUAUUGAAAUAAUGGGAUGAAUGUAUAAGCAAUAAAGAGAUCUUAAAGCGAAUCAAAUAAAAGGCAUCAUAAAAACCUAAGAAUGAUGAAAUUAAAGAAAAGGACCGUGUUAUUCAAAUAAUGAAUGAUCAGUUAUAACGUCAGUAAAGUUGGAAAAGCAGGUCUUCUGUUCAAUCCUAAUUUUCUAGGCAAUCAAUCAAUUAAGGGAGACCUGCAGGAUCUCCAAGGUAAGAUAGAAUGGAUAGGAUGGGAUCAAGAGUAUCAAUGAUGAGUCCACUCAUUCAUGAAGACAUGAUUAUUAAAAAUGAAUUAAAAAUCAAAUUUGUAUAGGAUCCAGCUAUUAGAAAGUUCAUGCAAUAAGUACCUUGUAUUUUUGAGAAAAAUACUUCGCGUUCAAAAAAGAUAAUCGAUUUGAAAGCUGCUAAUACUGCUGACAAAAUUGAUCUCAUUAAAUCUAUCACAGCUGCCGAAAUUAAAAUAGGAGAUGUUAUCAUAGUAGAAAGGAAUCAAAUAGCUUCUUGUGAUAUUCUAGUCUUGUAUUGUAAUGAUGAAAACUUUGCCAUUUCCAAUUAACUAUGCGAAUAUUCAAACACUACCAUUAGAAAACCCUUGGUUCAAAAUAAAUUUGACUCUCAUAAUCUUGUCUUAUUCAAAAAGUCCUUCACUGGCAACAUUCAGCUAAAUGAAAAUGCUAAUAAUAUUUCAGGAUAUUUCUAACUCAAAAAAGAUCCAUAAUCCAAAGUUAUUGAGGAUCAAAAUUUUAUUUUUGCUCAAGAAAAAUUAUUAAACACUCCUUGGGUAAUCGGGAUUGUAAUCUAAGUUGGAUUGAAUUGUCGUUGUUAUAAACAAUUUAAAAUUAAACCUCAAGUUCCUAAUUAUUCAUCAAGAUUGAUUAUGUCAAUGAUUUUGCUCUACUUUGCCUUUUUAAUAUCUAUGUACAUCAUCACCUAUUAGAAUAGAUUUGUAAAUAAAUAUUAAGAUAUGAUAUCCUACCUAGUUUAAGAUUUAGUUUACUUAUUAUUUUUAUUGCCUCAUAGUUUCAAAUUAUACUAUGACCUAAUUUAAAUAUUCUAAUAACGUAUUAUUAAUAAGAUUAGUUAAUUGGAAAUUAAGCAGAUCAAAGCCUUUCAUCCAGAAUACUAUCAAUAAUAUAAGCGUUUGACUAUGAAUUUAGAUUCAUUAUUAGAGGGAACAUUUGAAUUAAGGGCUAUUAUUUGCAAUUAAAGAAUUUGUCAUUGUAGAGAACAUGACUUAAUGAUGUAAGCUUAAGUCUAUGCAACUUCAAUCUCUAGCUAAAAUAUCUUUAAGUCUGCUGAUUCUAAAGAUGAGUCCAAAAUUGUUGAUAUUUAAGCAUCUUAUACUAAUUAAAACUAAAAUACUAAACUAUAAAAUAAUUCAUAAAAUUCUGGCAGAUAUUUAGAAGAUGAAAUUUUUAGUUAUGAAGCACAAGAAGAAAUGGUUCUUAAUAUCCCUUAAUCUGUUGGUUUUAGACUAAUAAGCAAUUUUACUAUCAACGAUAACACUCAAUAAGAAUGCAAUGGACUGAUAUAGCAUUAAAGUAUUAAUCCAGAUAAAAGCGAGUAUUAAGCGAAAUCCAGCACUAACAAAGUUCAUCUUUCGAUGUAAAGCAAAAGUGUAAGGUAGAUGACUCUAAAGGAUAGCAGAUAUGAUAAGAAAUCUGUAUUGUUAAAUGAUAUAAUCAAAAUAAUUAUAAGCGAAGGCGAAAUCUAUAAUGUUAUAUUGCUGUAAUUAGCAAUGAAUCAUAUUUCCUAUUCCAAACUCACAUAUGGUUAGACAGGAGAAGAAAAAGUUAAAAAUACAUAGGUAAAUUUGUUGGAUGAAAAACAAAUCUACAUUGCCAAAGCGUUUGGAUUUGAAUUCAUUUGUGUAAAUAAUGUUUAGAAUAUUUCAGCAUAUGUUGUUUAAAUAAAUUAAAAACUUUACUCAUUUAAGUUAAUUGAUUUUCAAAUUCACCACCAUACUCAGAGGCUCUAUAUGCUAUUUGAAUUAGAUCCUGAUUUUGAAAAGCCAUUAAAUGCUGAAUAUAUUUUAUUAGUAAGAGAAGCAAAUUAUAAGAAAUCUGACAGCUAAGAUGAAAACAAACUUAGCUAAAAGUCGUCAAUCAAUUUUUUUAGUUAAGUAGAUUUGGAGUAACUUCAUUAAAUUCAUUACUACUCAUGCCUCCUUAAUCAUGAAGAUGCUGCAUAUUAUGUUAAUUAAUAAUAGCUCUAAUAUUAGAACACUUACGAAAGUGAAGAAUUUAUUUAUAGUUAUUUGGAGCCCUUUUUGCAAUUUAACAUCACCUUAGGCUUUAAAUAUAACUUAAAACCAAAAGCUUAAGAAUUCAUAAGAAAUUUUGAAAAAUCAGAAUUAUCAUUAUUCUUUUAUACUGAGCAACACUUUUCUUAUGCUUACUCAACUAUUCAAUAGACAGAUAUAUAGACUCAUUUUAAAUUAAUUUUUGAUCAAGAGAAUGAUGAUGAUUUAAAAGCUUACUUAAAGAAAUCUUUAUCAUAAUUUACAUAAUUAUUCUCUGAGUAAAAUAAUGUAUCAAAUUCUUAAGUGCAAUCGUUUAAUAAAUUAGUCAACCCCAUAUCCUCUUAACUUUCAAACAAGAAAGUUUAGGAAGAUCUCAAUACAACCACUCCAAUUACAAUAAUGCUGAACAGUUAAGCAUGUAAAAUUAUUGAAAAUAGCAACUAUAUGGCGAACCAUAUGAAAUUGCUAUUUUCCUUGUCAAAAGUAAUUCUCUUGUAUGGUGCAAAUAAUAAAUCUUUGAAUUUCAUAUAAAACUUGUUUGAUGAACCAAAUUUAACAUUAAAUUUGAUUUUUGAAAAUCAAACAUUAUUAAAAUGCCAUCUAGGAUAACAUUUAUAAAUCGCUUUAUUACAAGAAUUCAGUUACUUUCAAAAAGUAAAAUAUGAAAAUAUUAAUAAACAAACCUUUUUCAAAAAUAUGAUACAAUCCCUGAAAGUUAGAUUAAUUUAUGAAAGAUGUCUCUUUAACGAAUUAUUAAUUUAUCACAAUUCUGAUGCAAUAUUACAAGGAUUUAAUGAACUAAAUGAUCUCUUGUUUUAUUAAGUUCCUUUAUUGAACAUAUUAACAAAGUAUUAGUUUUUGAUUGCUUUUCAGAGAACUAUGUAUUUUUCAUCAUUUGCUAUUACUGUUUAUAUAACCACGGUUUGGUUUUUUAACAAUUAAAAGAAUUUAAUCUUGGAAUUUCUAUUUUAUUCUUAUGUGUACUCCUUAAUCAUUUAUAUCGUUACUUCAAUAUAAUUUAUUAAAUAGUAAGGUCUAAAUACUAAAAGAGACCAAUAUCAAUUGAAAAUUAUAAAAUCAAUAAUUAAUUAAUCGAAAAAUAAGUCCUAUUAUAUUUAAAUUGGAAUUAAAUCAAUUAUUCAAGGCAUAAUGACUUAACUGAUAUUUAUCUAUUAAAGUUAAAUCUAAUCAGUAGAUGUUGUUAUUGUUUAUUGUUUUCUUUCAAUAACACUAAAUGAUUUAAUUAGUUUGCUACUUUAAAUCGGUUAUUAAUUAAAGGUUGCUGCCUUUAUAAUUUACAGUUUAUCAUAUUUAUUUUAUUUAUUAAUUCAUUUUAACAUUGUAGCUCAAAGCAUAGAGUUUAAAUUUGAAAUUACAAACUUGUUUGAAAUAUUACUAGUAAUAUUUGUAUUUUAAGUAAGUGAAUCAUUUUUUUAACAUCUUUUUGUUUUAUAAUUACCUGAAAUGAAAGAAUUAUUUCAAAAAAUAGCAAAUUCCAUAACUCAUUAAAAAGAAUCUAUCAACAAAAAACAAACAUAAAUUUUAAAUUUGCAAAGAGAAAUAAAUAAAAUCUUUGAGAAUAUUGAAUAGGUGGAUUUUAAUCUAUAAAAGCUCUUACUAAGUUAAAAGUAAUUGUUUUAGAACUUAGGUUAAUGGUAAUCCUAAAUAUUUCAAAAAGCUCAAUCAAUAAUGAAAUGGAAAAAUAAAUCAAGAAUCUAAGGAUUAUAAUUAAUUUUCUUUCAUUGUUAGAUGCUCAUUAUUAUUUAUUCUUAGUCUGCUACUAGUUACUAUUUUCUCAUCACCUACAUUGUUUACUAAAUAUUUUUAAUAGUGAUAUUUGUUUUUUAAUUACUAUAUCAUUUGAAUUCAAGAUAGAUGUAAUAUUUAGAAUUAGUUAAAUACAUGAUGUCAGGAAUAGCCACAUUUAUGGCAGUUUUUGGAUUAUCAAUAACUGAAAUGUCAUCAUAUUAUCAUACAUUUUCUGAAAUCAUUGUUACUUUUCAAAUAUCUAGUAAACUACAUCCAAUUUACGAUAACAGAUUAUAUUUAAUCCCAAUAAUAAUUGUAUUAAUUGCAUAUUUUGUCAUAUUUUUAUUGAAUGUUGAUAUAAGUCCUUACUUUGUCAUAUUUAAGAUAUCCAUAAUUUUAUUCUUUUCAAUAUAAUAAUACAUAAUCAAAAGCUAUGUAAUUAAUAUAAAUAUAUAGUUUAUUUUACUUGAAGAGGAUUAAGCUACAAACUAAAUAAAUUUUAUUGAAGAAAACAAUAAAAUAAAUGAUAUUUUGGGAAUUUUGUUGCCUAAAUUUGUUAGACAUCGUCUAAAUGAAACUGAUUAAUAUAACAUCCAUUAAAACUAGGGAAACGUAGCCAUUGUAUUUUGUGAUAUUUGCAACUUCGAUUAAAUUAUAAUGGAAGAGUAAGAAAAUAUAAUAUCAUUUUUGGAUGACUUGUUUCGAACGUUUGAUAAAUAUUGUGAAAUAUGUGGUGUUUAGAAAAUUGAAACUGUUGGUAAAACAUAUAUGGCUGCAGCUGGGCUUAAAGCUUGCGAAUAAGAAUUAGCAUAUCUAUCAGAAAUUCAACCUGUUUAAAGAGCUCUAAACUUAGCAGAAAUGAUGAUUACUUACAUUAGAUCAAAACUAUGGGGCCAUUAAAGUUAGCCUUUAAUUGGUAAGAUUGGGAUUCAUUAUGGAAGAGCAAUUUCUGGUGUUAUAGGAUUUCACAAACCAUAAUUUUCAUUAAUUGGAGAUACAGUCAACACUACAAGUAGAGUAUGUUCAACAGGUUAAGAAGAUAGAAUCAUCUUAUCAGAGAAGGCCUUUGAAUAAUUAAAAAAUGAAAAAAUAGAGUUUGAAGUGAGAUAUGUUGAAAUGAAAGGUUUAGGAUAAAGACCUACUUAUGUUUACAUUUAGAAAGGGAAUACAAAAAAUUAUAUUGCUAAAAAUUCUAUGAAUAAUAGUAACAGCAGAUAAAAUACAAUUAACGUUGCAAAUAGAGUGAGAACUUAAUCAUUUUAGAAAGGAGGGUUAAAAAAGAGAUCUAUUGCAAUCCAAGAUAAUUUAAAUCAACGCUCAAAAUAAUUAUUACAAUUCUAAUUAUCUUGGAACUUCCAACAAUAAAAUGCUUAAUAAAAUUCUCAAUCGUUGUCUGAAGAAAAUAGCAUUAAAAAUGGAUUAUAGAAUUCCUUAUCCUUAUCCAAUAAUAAUCUCAAUCCCUUAUAAAAAGACCAUGAUCAUGAUGAUAGAUUGAGUAGGAAUAUCAAAAAACCAGAACUUAUUCAACAAUUAGCAUGUGUAUUUCAUCGCAAAUUUCACUUAGAAGAGUAUUAACCAGAAGUAGACCAUUAUAUUGAUUACGAUUAAUUAUUAAAUGUGAUUUUACUAAAGAAUGAGAAUGGAUUAGAAGAAACACUAAUUCUGCAAAAUUCGUUUCUAUCUUUACUAAAAAGAUCCUAUAAUUCAAAUUAAAAUAAUUAUUUGGAAUAUCAUGAAUACAUUUAUAAAUAAUCAGAAUAAGUGACUAAUAGAAUAAUUUAAAUUUACUCAUUCUAUUACCUUAUCAAACAGUUUUGCUUGAUUGGAGAAUAUAAUGAUAUUUCAUUACCUUUAAUAAUACUGUAAUGGAUUGGAUGCACGCUAAAUAUUAUAUCUUUAAUGAUUUAUAAGAAAAGAAUGAUAGGUUAUUGGGUAUAAUUGAUUUAUAUAGGUUUGAGUUUUUAGCUUAUCAUAGCUGGCGUUUUUGUGAUUGUUGAUAUGUCUUUGUUUUUAAGAUAUUCUCACAUCAUAGAAAUGAUAUUUAUUCAAUCAUUUUUUAGCAAUAUUUAAUUAUUGCAUUUUUGGAUUAAAAUUUUGUUCUGCAUUUGCUCCUUUAUUUUUGAAGCCUUUGUCUUGAUUUUUUCGAAUGAACAUCGUAUAUCACUUUUUUUUGCCUUCAUAGUGAUGAUUUAUAACAUAAAUUAUUGUUACUUUUUGGAAGAGUAACAAGUGGCUUGUUUCAAUUAGAAAAAUAUAUUUUAAAGCCAACAAGCUAAAGAAUCAUAAUUAUUAUAGUACCUACUUCCUAAGCAUAUUUUACAAACAUUCCUUGAUGAUAAUAAUAGAACAAGAUGUUUAAGUGACAAAAUAGAGAAUGUUACAAUUUUAUUUGCUGAUAUUGCCGGGUUCACUGAAUAUUCGAGUAAGGUUACACCUGAAGAAGUCUUGCUUAUGCUUAAAAAUCUGUUUGUUGAAUUUGAUCGAAAAUGUUAUGAAUUGAAUGUUUAUAAAUUAUAUACAAUUGGCGAUUGCUACGUGGCAUUCGGCAUGAUUGAUUAUAAUGAAAGAAAUCCAACAGAAGAAGCUAAAAAUAUUGUAGACCUAGCAUUUGAAAUGAUAAGAAUUAUAGAAGUUGUCAGGAAAUAAAUCAAUUUUGAUGGACUUGAUAUGAGGAUAGGGAUUCAUACAGGGUGUGUUUUAGGCGGAGUGAUGGGAACCGAUAUAGUGAGAUACGAUAUCUAUGGACCGGAUGUGUUAAUUGCAAAUAAAAUGGAAUCCAAUGGCAAAAAGGGAUAGGUUCAUGUUAGUGAAAUUACUAAAUAAUUGCUGGAGUAAGAUUAUGAAGAUGUUUAUUCUUUUACCUUAAAUACCAAAGUUACACUUAAUGCAAUUAAUAAAAGUAUAGAUGGCUACAUCAUUGAAAAUUUGGCAGAAGAUGAUUUUCCAUCAGAUUAGAUUAAUUCUUAAUAAAUUUAAGUUUAAUCUUUGCAUUCAGAGCAUUGAUUUAUGAUGUUAUUCUAGAUUAUCUUAAUUUUAGUCUUUAUUUCU